GCAGGGACGAGUUAGCAGCUAGCUCUAUACUUCCAUAGUUCCAUAUAGAAAAACAGCUUGGUUGCUGCAUAGGGCAAGAAGCUAGGCAGCAGCCAUGGCCGUCGUCGAAGAUGGUGUUAACGCCGAUCAGUAUACACAAGACGGGACAGUCGAUCUGAAAGGAAACCCUGUUCUUAGAUCCAAGAGAGGUGGAUGGACUGCUUGCUCCUUUGUUGUUGUUUAUGAGGUAUUUGAACGAAUGGCCUACUAUGGCAUAUCGUCGAAUUUGGUCGUGUAUUUGACGAAGAAGCUUCACCAAGGCACAGUCACCUCUGCUAACAACGUCACCAACUGGGUUGGCACCAUUUGGAUUACUCCUAUUUUGGGUGCAUACAUUGCUGAUGCUCAUCUCGGUCGUUACUGGACGUUCCUUAUCGCUUGUAUCAUCUAUCUAUCGGGAAUGUCUGUACUAACCCUGGCAGUGUCACUUCCUGCUUUGAAACCUCCAAAAUGCCUCGAGGCCAAUGUCGAAAACUGCAAGAAGGCCUCCACAUUACAGUUAGCUGUGUUCUACGGUGCACUCUACACUCUGGCUAUUGGAACAGGAGGGACAAAACCUAAUAUCUCAACCAUUGGAGCAGACCAAUUUGAUGACUUUGAUCCUAAGGAGAAGGCUCACAAGCUCUCCUUCUUCAACUGGUGGAUGUUCAGCAUCUUCUUUGGCACACUCUUCGCCAACACAUUCCUUGUCUACAUUCAAGACAAUGUGGGCUGGACCUUGGGAUAUGGGCUUCCAACUCUUGGGCUUCUCAUUUCCAUCUUGAUCUUCUUGGCUGGCACACCCUUUUAUAGACACAAGGUGCCUUCUGGAAGUCCAUUUACAAGAAUGGCUAAAGUCAUAGUGGCUGCAAUAAAGAAAUGGAAGGUGAAACUUCCUAGUGACCCCAAGGAGCUCUAUGAGCUUCAGUUGGACGAGUAUGCAACUAAAGGAAAAUUCAGGAUUGAUUCUACACCAAGCAUAAGGUUCCUCAACAAGGCUGCUGUGAAAACAGCCUCAACUAGUCCAUGGAUGCUAUGCUCAGUUACUCAAGUAGAGGAGACGAAGCAAAUGAUGAGAAUGAUCCCAAUCUUGAUUGCCACAUUCGUUCCAAGCACUAUGAUUGCACAACACAAUACUUUGUUUGUCAAACAAGGCACCACCCUCGACCGAAGAGUUGGAAACUUCAAGAUUCCCCCUGCAAGUUUAGCUGGAUUUAUAACCUUAUCCAUGCUCAUCAAUGUCGUGCUCUACGAUCGGUUCUUUGUCAAGUUCGUGCGAAAGUUUACAAAGAAUCCUAGAGGAAUCUCUCUGCUUCAAAGAAUGGGAAUUGGAAUGAUUAUCCACAUUUUCAUCAUGGUAAUUGCAUCUCUAAUUGAGAGGUAUCGACUAAAUGUUGCCAAGGAACAUGGGGUAGUCGAAAGUGGAGGACAGGUUCCUCUAACCAUACUGGUUUUGCUUCCUCAAUUUGUUCUUAUGGGAGCAGCGGAUGCAUUUCUAGAGGUUGCAAAGAUUGAGUUCUUCUAUGAUCAAGCCCCUGAAAGCAUGAAGAGUCUUGGGACUUCUUAUUCCAUGACCACUUUGGGAAUGGGAAACUUUCUCAGUAGUUUCCUUCUUUCGACAGUUUCUCACAUCACCAAAAAGCAUGGUCACAAAGGAUGGAUACUCGACAACUUGAAUGCUUCUCAUCUUGACUACUAUUACGCAUUUUUUGCCAUACUAAACGUCUUAAACUUCAUUUUCUUCUUCUUUAUGACUAAGAUGUAUGUAUACAAGGCUGAAAUUUCGGAUUCAAUCAAAGUGCUCACGGAAGAAUUGAAGGAGACAAGUAUGUACAGGCUACCAAAUCAAGAAGAUAUGUCCAAGAGAUAGGCUAGCUCAAGUAAGUAACUUAUUUGAUAGAAAUUGAAGCUGCUUGCUUUUACUUUAGGGGUGUAUGUUUGAUGUUUUACCACACUAGGUAGACAAACACAUAAUUUAUUGUGAAUGCUUGAGUGUUGUUUAUAGUUUUACUAGUUAAUCAGAAAUGAUGGAAUAUAUUGCACUUUUUGUGUUUAGUGGAGCAUGUGUUGUGGCGAAAUAAAAGCUGGUGUAUCAUAAACCAUAAUUGAUCAUUUUUAUUAAGUGGGAGAUUGUGAGUUCGACUCAUG